CUCCCAUGGCUUGUGCUGACAGUCGUUUGUGUUUUUGUAACAUAACACUUAACCCACACGAUUGAUGGCUAUAAUGGGGCUGAUUGUCUGAAAGGCUGAGCAGAAUCAAUAUUCUGCAUCGGUACCCGAUUCACAAGAAUGGGAGCAAUGGAGCGCAAGAUGGCCAGUGAAGGCUCCAGCAUCCCCAGUCCUGUGGUGCGUCAGAUUGACAAGCAGUUCCUGAUUUGCAGCAUAUGCCUGGAUCGCUACAAGAACCCUAAAGUACUCCCCUGUCUACACACCUUCUGUGAGAGCUGUGGCAGUCUCUUCAUGGGGAAGAAUAAUACAGAAAGAAAGAAACCCAGCUUGUUCAUCUGAAAUCUCUGUGCUUUUGUUCUGGAGAGAUGGUUUAACAUUCAGAAUGCAAGGUGCUUACAAAACUACAUUCCUGUUCAUAGUCUGACCUUGUCGUGCCCAGUGUGCCGCCAGACGUCCAUCCUGCCAGAGAAAGGGGUUUCCGCUCUGCAGAACAACUUCUUCAUCACCAACCUGAUGGACAUGUUGCAGAGGUCUCCGGACAGCAGCAGCGAGGACUCCAUCUCCUUGGAGACUGUAACCGCUGUGGCCACCGGCAAGCCACUCUCUUGCCCCAAUCAUGGAGGCAAUGUAAUGGAAUUUUACUGCCCCUCGUGCGAGACAGCGAUGUGCCAGGAAUGUACAAUGGGUGAGCAUGCCGAGCAUCCCACUGUCCCUCUCAAAGAUGUUGUUGAGCAGCACAAGGCUUCUUUACAGGAUCAGCUGGACGCUGUCAAGAACAGGCUGCCUGAAAUAGACUCGGCACUUCAGUUCCUGUCCGAAAUCCUGCAGCAGCUCACCAGCCAGAAGUCCACCAUUGAGGAAGACAUUCACUCCACCUUUGAUGAGCUCCAAAAGACCUUGAAUGUGCGGAAGAGUGUGCUGCUUAUGGAACUCGAAGUGACAUACGGCCUCAAACAAAAAGUUCUCCAGACACAGCUGGACACUCUUCUCCAGGGUCAGGAGGGCAUCAAGAGCAGCUGUAACUUCACAGAGCAGGCUCUGCACCACAGCACUGAGACAGAGGUGCUGCUGGUCAAGAAGCAGAUGAGUGAGAGGCUGAGCGAGCUGGCCAGCCAGGAGUACCAUCUGCAGCCUGAGGAGAAUGAUCAGCUGGACUUCCUCAUUGAGACUGAUGGCCUGAAGAAGUCCAUCCACAACCUGGGCACCAUCAUCACCACCAACGCUGUGGCCUAUGAGACAGUGGCCACGGGCGAGGGGUUGCGGCAGUGUGUGGUGGACCAUCCCACCUCUAUCACCAUCACCACCAAGGACAAGGACGGGGAGCUGUGCAAGACCGGAAAUGCCAGCCUUGCUGCAGAGAUCUUCACCCCUGAUGGGAGCAUGGCAGAUGGGGAGAUCUUGGACAAUAAAAAUGGCACUUAUGAGUUCCUGUACACAAUACAGAAGGAAGGAGACUUCACGCUCUCGCUAAGACUCUACGACCAGCACAUUAAGGGCAGCCCCUUCAAACUAAAGGUUACCAAGUCCACGGACGUGUCACCCACCACAGACGGGGUUAAGAAGCGAGUCAAGUCCCCUGGCAGUGGACACGUGAAGCAGAAGGCUGUGAAAAGGCCAGCGAGCAUGUUCAGCACAGGGAAGCGGAAAGAGAACCCCAUUGAGGACGAUUUGAUUUUCAGAGUUGGUACCAAGGGAAGAAACAAAGGGGAAUUCACAAACCUUCAAGGUGUGGCGGCGUCUUCCCUUGGAAAGAUUUUGAUUGCAGACAGUAACAAUCAAUGUGUACAGAUAUUUUCAAACGACGGACAGUUUAAAAGCCGGUUUGGUGUCCGUGGCCGGUCUCCAGGACAGCUGCAGCGGCCUACAGGGGUGGCCCUCCACCCCAACGGGGACAUCAUCAUCGCAGAUUAUGACAACAAAUGGGUCAGCAUUUUCUCAUCCGAUGGGAAAUUCAAGACUAAAAUCGGUUCAGGAAAACUGAUGGGGCCCAAAGGUGUGUCGGUGGACCGGAACGGUCACAUCAUUGUGGUGGACAACAAGGCCUGCUGUGUGUUCAUCUUCCAGCCCAAUGGGAAGCUGGUGACAAAGUUUGGUAACCGUGGAAACGGGGACAAGCAGUUUGCAGGUCCUCACUUUGCUGCAGUGAACAACAAUAAUGAAAUCAUUGUUACUGAUUUCCAUAACCAUUCUGUUAAGGUUUUCAAUCAGGAGGGAGAAUUCAUAUUGAAAUUCGGGUCCAACGGGGAAGGCAACGGGCAAUUUAAUGCCCCAACAGGAGUGGCUGUGGAUACCAAUGGCAAUAUUAUUGUGGCAGACUGGGGGAACAGUCGAAUACAGGUGUUUGAUGGCAGUGGAUCAUUCCUCUCCUACAUUAAUACAUCAGCCGAUCCUCUGUAUGGUCCACAAGGUCUGGCCCUCACCUCCGAUGGCCAUGUGGUGGUAGCAGAUUCUGGGAACCACUGCUUUAAAGUGUAUCGUUACUUACAAUGACAGUGACCUGCGAACCCUCCCCUGCCUCCGUUUCCCUCCAGGCCAUCUGGAUGCAUCUGCACUAACCAAACUAGUCUGCCAUCCACUGGGUUUGGAAGAGAGUCACUUGCAGCUGCUGUUUGUUGUGGCUUCUCCUUUGCCCCUCUCCAUUAACGUCAUGAGAACUAGAGAAUUCCUUUACCUAAGAUGUUCAGUGUCCAUCCACAUACAGCCUGCUUUGAGCAUCAAGUGAUUUAGUGAAACAUGAGGACCAUGUGCCAAGUUAAAAUAAAUAUAUAAAUAAAUCUUGAACUUGUAUAUUAAUACUAUGUUGUAGUCUACUACUACUACUAACUACUUGUAUAGUUUAAGAGCAUAAUCUGUUGCAGUAUUUAAAAUCUUGAGCUUUCUGAAUACCUUUAUGCUUCUGCAAUGCUGUAGUUUUUACUAAGUUUGUCUUUCACAAAAAAAAGGCAGGAAUGCUGAAUGCCUGAUGUUACGCUGUUGUAAUCGUUUGAUAGAUUAACACUCAUUGACAUAGCUGCAGAACUGAAAAAGACAUCAAUAAAACGAUAUACUAUAAAGUGGGUGAUAAGUUCAUCUGUAGAUGUUAUUAUUAAUUGGGAUUUGGAAACUGAGAAAGUGUGUGGCUUCUUACUUAAGAGAGGGAAAUAGAAAGGGCAAUAUGGUAUCUUAGGAUGCCUCUAUACUCAAAGAAUAGCUCUAAGAAAAAAAAAAGUUGUACUUUGAGCAUUUAAAAUUGUCAUGUAUAUAUACAAAGCCUUGCAGUUAAGACAGACAGUUUAUGUUCAUUUCCAUGACUUACAUACAUGCUUUUAACAUUUAACUUGGCCUUCAGCUUUAAUCAAGCAAAAAUGGCUGUUAUUGCAUCAUUGUAAGCAUCUGCAAUUAUCAAGAAACAAUCCAGAAAGUGAUUGGGGAACCUGAUGUGACUUACCAACAUUUUUUAUUUUUUAUCACAAAUGGUGGUGGCUGUGUAACAAAGCCAAAACAAAAAUAGUCACACCUGAUCCCAAGAGAUAAUGUAUGGUAUUUACAAUGGUAUUAUUGCAAAUUUAUAUUAUUAAUUUAUUCUUAAUGGUAAUUAAUUAAAUAUUGCUGCAAACUUACUGUGACUUUGACAAGAUCAUAUUUUUUCAAAGGCUUCUUGUGUCUCCAAACAAUGCGUUUUGCUUGUGUGUAUCUACAGUAUGUGGGAAUGUACUGUGCUGCAUAUUUUACAAUUUUGUCUUCAUUUAUAAAUGUGACACCGAUACUAACUGAUAACCCAUUCAGUGCUCUCUUCAGUUAGAUUGUGUUGAAAUUAUAUCAAUAAGCAAUAAUGGCUUUAAUUUUCAAAUACUAAAUGGACACUACUUAUCAGAUUAAAAGUAAUAUCUAUUAUUAAUUGAGUAUCACAUUAAAAGUAUGGGAGUAAUUAAGGAGUUGCUGGUAUACCUACUUUUGCACGAUUACUGCAAGGAUAAUUAACAGUAUUGAUCAGUACAACUGGGUCUAUUUAGAUGCAGAUACAGUCAGUGCUAUAAUGUGAAUGUCUUUUGUUGUUUAUUUAUUUGUCUUUUUUUUUGUUUGUGUUGCCAAAAUGGAAAACAAAGUGCCCACAGGAAGCUGAUUAUGUUUAAAAGAAAGUAUUUUUGUUAAAAAAAUAAUAAUAAAAAAAAAAAAAAAAAUGCUACUAUACUUUGGGAUUUUUUUUAUUGAUGAAAUGUAUGCUGUAAAUUUUGGAACUAGAGAUUUUGUACAUGGGAUUUAAAAAAGGAAUGAAGCAGUGGUUGUGUUGCUUGUGAUGAUGAAUGUCUAGCACUAUGUAAUGUGUGUAAGCAUCACAGCCUCAGAGUCCAUGCUUUUAUAUCCUUUUCACCGCCCGAAUGCUCUAUUACUAGCACAGCUUCAUAAACCUGCAGUAAAGAUCACCGUUCACGAUAUCCAGAGUAGUGCCCAUUUUCAAUGCUUGCAUUGGAUGCACAAAAUGUUUGUAUUUAUUUAUUUUCAAACAUUCCGUUGUUGCAAUUGAGUUAAAACCUUUGUGUGUACAGCACAGAAAUAAAGUACUGCAUUCAUUGAA